AUGCGCUUCUCAACCAUUGUCGUGGCAGCGGGCCUCGCGGCGGCCGGCGUCCAUGCUGUGCCCAAGCACGGCAAUUUUCACAUCAAACAGCCCGAUACGCCGCCGCCGCCGCCCAGCGCAGGGACUGUCUCUUAUACACAUCUAGAUGUGUAUAAGAGACAGGUGUACAUGCGGCCCACGGUUCCCGCCGAGCAGCCGCACCCCACGCAGCCCUUCCGUCCCGACACGCCGCCGCCGCCCGCCGUCGCCCAGCCGCUCCCCACGGAGCCGUUUCACCCAGACACGCCUGCCCCAGCGGUACCACCACCACCCCCAGCAGCUCCCACAGAGGAGCCCUGCGAGGAUGACGUUGAGCAGGAUGAUGAGGAUGAGAACGACAAUGGCGGCCUGUCGGUGCAUAUCGACGACGGGGACCCGCUCAUUGACGUGAACAUGGGCGACUCGCUGAAGGUCAGCGCCUGA